AUUAAUUUGACAUUAAUACUGACGAUACACACUGUCAUUACAUUGUGCAAUGUUAAAAUUAUUUUAAUGUGAAUGUAUAUUCAAUAUAAAUUUUAAUUUUUAUUAAAAUGGAAGAUGAAGAGGAAAUCGAUGUGCCCAUAGAAAAUGAGUUAGAGCAAAGAAUUGCCGACGCAUUUUCUGUUUUCGAUCAAUACCAAACUAAAAUCAUUGACCUGAAAGAUGUAGCUAGUGUUAUUAGAGGCCUAGGUUGCUGCCCUACCGAAGCAGAAAUUCAAGAUAUUAUCAAUGGUCUUAAAAACUCCAAAUGGCCUGGAUGUGUUCAUUUGGUAAACUUUUUACCUAAAGUCUUUACGUUCAUUUCAGACCACAAAUAUGAACCUGCAUCUCCUGAGCAACUCAUGGAAGCUUUUCGUUCCCUAGAUCCAAAAGGUUUAGGAUAUCUGACAAAAGAUGAAAUGGCAGAAAUAAUGUUUACAGAUGGAGAACCUUUUACUCAAGAUGAACUGGAUGAAAUGUUUGAGAUUGCUAUUGAUCCAUUGACGAACACGGUUAAUUAUGAAUAUUAUAUUAAUCAAAUAAUGUAUGAACCUGUUGGAGAAAAUAGCGUCUACACUCUUGCAGAUCGAAUCGAGGCUGAGAAACCACCUCCACCACCACCACAAAGAUCAAUGUCAGAAUAUUUCAGAAGAGUUGCUAGUCAAAUGAAUCUAUGAAUCUGAAACAUUUUAAUGAUUAAUAGAUAUAUAUUUUAAACUGUU